CUAGAUAAUUUGUAAUAAGCCCGUGAUGACUGAGAUGAGAAGAACAAGAAGAGCGUGGAGGGAGACUUCCGUGUUCAGUGGUAGAGGAUUUUAAAGAGAUUGUUAGUUUACUAUAAGCUAAAGUCUAAAUAUUAGUACAAUCUAUAUAAGGUAAAUCUUAAUUUAAUAAACAAAAUUUUAAUUGUCUUAAAGUCAUAAGUAUUAAGAAAAUAAUUAAAUGAUAUUCGUCCACUGCGAAAUCUAUUUUUAAAGGGUAAAAAGGUUAACAUUUUGCUUGGGUUCGUGCUUUUAUAGAUAACUAGAUCUUCCAACUAGGCCAAUUCAGAAGCAAUAGAGAAUAUGGACAUGAACAAAGUUGGGCCAGUGGGAGGACGUAGAGGUGGAACCAUUUGGGAUGAAAAGGGACGAGACCAAGUUGCUGGGAUUUAUGUUUCCUACAGCAAAGACACAGUCUAUUCACUUCAGUUCUUGUUCUAUGAGAAUGGCAAGUUGAUACAAUCAGACAAGCAUGGUGGUGAUCGCUGUGAGAACUUCUAUGCAGUUGUCUUUGAUUAUCCAUCAGAGUUUCUUACUUCUCUAAGCGGUUCCUACAACGACUAUGCGUACCCUCCAGUUCUGCAAGCUAUCAAAUUUAGCACCAGCAAGGGUUCCUAUGGACCAUUUGGACUUGUGAAGCCUUCAUCUGAUGCCAAACACUUCAACUUUCAGAUAGAAAAUCACCGUCUUUUUGGUGGUUUUCAUGGCACCAAGACUAGCUAUGCCGUUGAGAGUAUUGGUAUCUAUGUGAAGCCCAUCAUAUCCUCCAUAAUCAACUUGAAAGAUCUUCGAGUGAAGGAUGAGAAAGAAGAUGUUUAACUCACCUUCCACAAAUUUCCAAAUUAUGUUGUUCGUCUUAAUUAACUCUAUGCUUACUUAUGGUUCUACUUUUGCACAACCGAUCUACCGCUUGGUGCUUGGUUAUUAUGUAAGGUUUAUUUCUUGAGUUUGAUUACACUGAGUAUAUGUUGUUGUGUUUGUAUUUCUUGAGUUUUAUAUUGUAAAAACAAAUUAUCUUCAAGAUCUUUUAAUUUAACCAGA